GCAAAGAGCAAGACUCAACGGGCGUGCCUCAAGAAUAUGUGUGCCUCAAGACCCCCUUGGGAUAGGUGCAUCGUCUGCGGGCGGUGCACCGGCGCCAGACCUCAACGUGGUCCAAGGGUGAACCUCUCGACUCUGCCGAGAGGGCCAACUGGCGUUCUCGCUCGCCGGAGUGAGCGUGAGGUACGUUCCUUCCCUGGUUCAUAUUUCAUCGUCCCUGAUGGUCUUUCACAGAGUGAUGCGUGA